AUGGACUCGGAGACGCCUCCGCUCCUCUCUACAGCCGGCAGCACGCGUGCUGCGGGCGCGGGCACGAGCACGACACGGCGCAUGGCGGUGGCGACGGCGGCGGUGGCGGUGGUGGCCACCGUCCUGCUCGUCAUCUUUGCCGCCCUCUACGCCAAGCAAAAGAACGAUGCGUCUGAGCUGCGGCGGCAGGUCGCAGCGUACGAGGCCAUGUGCGGGCCGGAUGGCUGCGCCCCGCCGUCGGUCGUCCCGCACAACGCCUCGGCCGCCUGCCGCGUCCCGCUCCCCGCCGACCUGCCCACUCCGGCCGCCAUCGCCAGCGAGGUGCGGGCGGCGUGGGCAGCGAGCACGGUGCGCAACGCCGCCAUCGCCGCAGGGAGUGACCUUGCCGCUGCUGAUCGCGCCGCCACCGUCGCGGCCAUCCCGUCCUGGCUCAACUCCUCGACCAUCGUCGUCAUGCGCGGCGGGGCAUCGUCGCUCAUGGGCUUCUCCGACACCGACGAGGCCUUUGUGCAGGAGUCAUCGUUCUACUACCUCACGGGCCUCAACGUGCCCGAUCUGGCCCUCAUCGCCGUCCCCGCCGCCGGCGCCCUCGACUACACCCUCGUUGUUCCUCACCACGACGAGCAGUACGCCGUGUGGAACGGAUACGUCCUCGACCUCGACCAAUGGGCCGCCUUCUCCGGCUUUGACCACGUCAUCUAUGACACACAACUCGAGGCCCGUCUCGCAAACCUCACCGCGCCCAACGGUCCAGCCUCCAUCGUGUACACCCUCCCGGGUACCACUCCGCCGCUCCCGGUCCCGGUGGGCGUUUACGUCGACCAAGACAAGGACCGCCUCCUCGCCGCCCUCAACACCGCCCGUGGCUCCAAGACGCCCGGCGAGCUCGCCGCUCUCCGCCGCGCCUCGCAGGUCUCUGCCGAGGCCCAUGCCGUCCUCAUGGCUGGCAUCCAGCCCGGCUGGUACGAGUAUGACGCAGAGGCCGUCUUUCGCCUCACCAACGCGCUCUGCGGCAACUUUGACAUGUCGUACCUGCCCAUCGUCGGCGCAGGUGUCAACGGCGCCAUCCUGCACUACUCGGACAACACCGCCCGCACCACCGCUAGCGACAUCCUCCUCAUCGACGCCGCCGCCAACGCCCUCCGAUACACCUCGGACAUCACGCGGACGUACCCAGUCGACGGCACCUAUUCCCCGCAUCAGGCCGCCAUCUACAACAUUGUCCUUGCCGCCCACGACGCCGCCGUUGGGGUCCUCGCCGUCGGCGCCUCGUACGCUGCCGCUGAUGCCGUCGCCACUCGUCACCUCGUCGAAGGCCUCAUCAACGAGGGCAUCCUUGUCGGCGAUCUCGAUCAAGUCCUUGCCUCAAACGUCAUCAAGAAGUUCUACCCGCAUGGCCUUGGCCAUGCUGUCGGCCUCGACGUCCACGACCCGUCGGUCUCGACCUUCCCGCCCAACUUUGUCGGCACCAUCGAGCCGGGCAUCUACUUUAACGACGCCCUGCUCGGCCCAGCACUGGCCAACCCAGCCCUCGCGCCCUUUAUCAACGCCACGGCUGUCAACGCCUAUCUUGCCGCCUCGUUUGGCGGUGUCCGCAUCGAGGACGUCUACAUCAUCCACCCCAACUCGGACGUCGAGAACCUCUCCACCGCCGCGCCGCGGACCAUCGCCGCCGUCGAGGCCCUCAUGGCCACCGACGACUGGUUUCCCGUGUAA